CAUACAAACCCCUCUCCCAAUCGCCUCAUCCCUCAACAUCUCCAAAAUAAACGUAUAAAAACAAAGCCAAGACCUUGCCAACAACUCAUCCAUAAAACCCAAUCCCAUAUUAGUAGAAAACACAGACACAAUGUCAUCCAUAACAAUCCGCCCCGCCACAAUCGACGACAGCGACUCAAUCGCAAACAUCCACUACGAAGCACUACAAUUCUACCACGAUUUCUACGCCGCCUUCUUCCAGCUCCAUCCCCGCGAUCUAAUCCCCCUUGCCACAAGAAACGCCCUGCAGAAUCCGGGGCAGCAGCACUUCUUGGUCGCUGAGCAGGCGGGGGAAAUAGUCGGGUUUGUGCGCUACAAAGAAGUAUUCAAAGACAUAAAGCCGAAUUCGAACGCAAAACCCCCCGCGUCAGUAUGGACGGUUAAAAAACACAUGGAGGAACUGUGGGAAUGGUUUAAUAAGAGGAGUGAAGACAUUGAUGCAUCUAAAGAAAAAGCCGUUGAUGGGAAAGAUCAUUUUGAAGUGAUGCAUCUCAUGGUCCACCCAGACCAUCAACGGAAAGGCAUCGGCGGUCAACUCCUCCAAUCCGUUACCGAGAAAGCCGACGCCGCUAAUGCCCCAACGCUGAUCGUAUCCUCCGUCGAGGGCCACGGCCUCUACAAAAAACACGGCUUCAAGUCGCUGGGCACAUGGACGGUCGACAACGAGGAAUGGGCGCAUAAGAUCACGGAGCACGAAAGGGCGAUCGGAUAUACAGACGGAGUUAUCGACAUCGAGGACAAGUAUAGAGGGAUACGCGAGGUCGAAGAUAGCAUGAUCCGGCAGCCCAGCAUCCGUGUUGCAUGAUUCGCCAAUCUGUGCAGUCUUUACGGGUAUUGUGGGUAUCGUAGCGCACCGUUCUCUAGUUCGUAUUCGUUUUCUGUUCCAGAAAGAAAAAAAAAUAAGAGAAAAUUCGGGAAUUGGGUGUGUCCCCGCUCCAAUCACG